GAGAAAGAGAGAAGAUGAUGAUAAUGGAUCACCCCCGGCAAAAAAGAUAAGAUUUUUGCAGAUUCCGCCUCGAUCAAAAGACUCAAAAAUCAGCAAUGUGGAGCGUCACCGGAGCUUUGGGUGUGGCGGUGCCUACCACCGCCGCUUGCCGUCGGAAACCCUUUCUCGUCUCCUCUUCGCUUCCCAAGCAGACGACGAAACUCCAUCUCUCAUCGCCGCAGUUAACUCUUCCAUCAUCACAUUUCUCGUCGUCUUUCAAAACCUCUGCCACCACCUCCGUACAACAACAGUCGGAUAAUAAGGGAGAGAGGACCAAGUACUACUUCCUGGUUGCGAACGCCAAAUUCAUGCUUGACGAAGAGGAACACUUCCAGGAGCAAUUGUUUGAACGUCUUCGAUACUACGGAGAGCGUGAAAAGGAGCAAGACUUCUGGCUUGUCAUUGAGCCCAAAUUCCUUGAUAAGUUCCCCAAAAUCACUCAGAGACUUCGUCGUCCUGCCGUAGCUCUUGUUUCCACCAAUGGCCCAUGGAUCACGUUUAUGAAGUUAAGAUUGGAUCGUGUUUUAGCUGAAUCCUUCGAAGCUAAGUCUCUUGAUGAAGCCUUGGCUUCCAAUCCUGCAACUCUAGAGUUCGAUCAGCCUGAAAAGUGGGUGGCGCCAUACCCCAAGUAUGAAUCUGGAUGGUGGGAAACUUUCUUGCCUAAAGAAAUCCAAGAAUCUGUAGUAUAGAACAUUGCCUUUUUGUCUAUUUUUGUAUUCUCCAAAUCCAGCUUUGUCUUAGUGCUUUCUAGCUUGUAUUACUGAGCUUCUUAUAUUUCUGUGUACUCCAAAUAUGUUGCAACUCGUUGAGUCUAGUGAGCAAAAUUGAUCAAGGCCUAUUUCUACUUUGUAAGUUGCACAUAUUUCUGAUCAAUCAAGGGUUCUGUGUUCUACC